UAUCACAGACAGAGGUUUAAUCCCAAAAGUCCAUUCAAUAUUAUUCUGUAGCAAGUCUAAAGCAGUCAUGAGGAAGACCUGAGAUACGUCUUAAUGUUUCUUUCACAGGCUCCUCCCUCCAGAGUUUCAGCAGAAACGAAACUUAUCGCAGCAGGAAGUGAAACGUGCUCCAGUCCAGAGGGACAAAACCCAGAAAGGACACACGAGACACUCCGGACGAGCACGAGUGCCAGGACCAGGAUGAAGACAAUGAGGCUCCUGUGGCUCUCCUUUACCUUUGUGACAGCGGUUGUGACGUGGCCAGCAGUGGCAUGGCCAACGACGAGGCAGACGACAGAAUCACCUGGACUCAAUCUGAACGGAAAGAUGUUGACUUUGUCUAAUUAUGGAGGAGUAUCCUUCUCUCUGCCUCAUUAUCAUCCCCCCAUCGCCACCAGCAGCCGCCCUUACCACACCACCAGCCGCCCUUACCACACCAGCACCGGGGCCUGGACCACAGCCCCGGUGACCGGGGGUGUGUCCGUGUGUCUGCGCUACCUGGCCGAUUCCGCCUCCUUGCUCUUCACUCUGAGUCCAUCCAGAAGUCCUCUGACCUUUUUCGGCAGUGAUAGUGUGUAUUGGAUGUCCUUUCCAAGAUACAGUUACAACCCACUGGACCUCCGCCCUAAAAUUCCUUUCUGGGCGAACCCCGCCCCGGACAUCUGGACCAGAGUCUGCUUCACCGUGGACUCCGGGUUGCAAGUGGCCCAGGUGUUCAGUGGCUCCAACUUCAGCAUCAGGAAGAUGCUGCCUGCAGAAGUAAACUAUGUCUGGUCCGGUGAGCCUGUGAUUGACUUCCCAGGUUUUGACGGUCAGUUGACAGACGUCCAGGUUUGGGAUUAUCCUCUCAGCUACAAAGAAGUCUUCAACUACAUGAUGGGCGGCAUCUACUUGCCCUACCGAGGCUCCGCCCUCUCCUGGUCCUACAUCAGCUACUCGCCCAGAGGACGGACCCUAUUGGAGGACAAUUAUGAGCUGCAGGCGAGGCGGCCAAUCAGCAGCUUGCUUCGUAAACAUCGCCCGAAGGGGGGGAGGAAGGCCGGGAGGUUUUCCAACGGGGGGGAGAGGGAGAGAGAACCGCUUUAAUGAAACACGCCAGGAGCUUCCUCCUUCGGUGGAUAAUGAAUAAUUCAUAUUAAUCACUAGCCUACUAAUCAUGAAUUACCCAUUGAAGCGCGUGGUGGCAUUAUUAUGUAUCAUGAAGAACUCGCUCAUUAAUG